CCCUGCUGCUGGCCAGCUGCGCGGCCGGGCGCGGCGGUUACGAUGCCCUGAGCUAUUCUGUGGGAAAUGGUGACAAGUGGAGUGGGCGACAGCUCCUGCAAGCACAUGAGAAGAACGUGACUGACUUUCCAGAGGAUGGAGGGCAGCUCUACAUCAGAAACUGCACUGAACCAGCUCUCCAUGAAUUCCCCAAUGACAUCUUCACGAAUGAGGACAGGAGACAUGGAGCUGUCGUCCUGCACAUCCUCUGUGCUAUGUACAUGUUCUAUGCAUUGGCAAUUGUCUGCGAUGACUUCUUCGUCCCUUCACUGGAAAAGAUCUGUGAACGCUUGCAUCUCAGUGAAGAUGUGGCUGGGGCAACUUUCAUGGCAGCAGGAAGCUCUGCUCCCGAGCUGUUCACAUCUGUCAUAGGUGUUUUUAUCACAAAAGGAGACGUAGGCGUUGGAACCAUUGUGGGCUCGGCUGUAUUCAACAUCCUCUGUAUUAUUGGGAUGUGUGGGCUUUUUGCAGGACAGGUUGUUGCACUGUCGUCAUGGAGUCUCUUGAGAGAUUCAAUCUACUACACGCUCUCUGUUGUUGCACUCAUUGUGUUUAUUUAUGAUGAAAGAGUUUCCUGGUGGGAGUCCUUAGUCUUAGUGCUGAUGUAUGUCAUCUACAUCUUUAUAAUGAAGUACAACUCAACCAUACAUCACUUCUUUGAGAAGAAGACAAAAAGCCCUGCAAAUAUGGUUAAUGGUUUAGCAAGUAACACAGAAAUGGAUGACAACAGCAACUGUGAUGCCACAGUGGUGUUACUAAAGAAAGGAAAUUUCCACCGUAAAGCCUCUGUGAUCAUGGUUGAUGAGCUGCUUUCUGCCUACCCACACCAGCUUUCAUUUUCCGAGGCUGGGCUCCGGAUCAUGAUAACCAGCCAUUUCCCUCCCAAAACACGUCUCUCCAUGGCCAGCCGCAUGUUAAUCAAUGAGAGACAGAGGCUGAUCAACAGCAGGACUUACACCAACAGUGAGUCAGAAGUAGCAAUCAAAAUACCCAUCAAGCACGUGGUGGAGAAUGGAACAGGCCCCAGCAAUUCUGCUGAGUGUGGUGUGAGCAGCACACGGCGGGAUGAGGAUGUGGCUGAGGCUAGGAAUGAGAAUGAGAAUGAGGAUAACGAGAACAAUGAAAACGACGAGGAAGAAGAAGAUGAUGACGAUGAUGACGAUGACUAUGAAGGGCCAUACACACCUUUUGACCUACCCACUGGCAAGAUAGAAAUGUUGAAGUGGGUCUUCACAUGGCCCUUGAGUUUUGUCCUGUACUUCACAGUGCCCAAUUGUAACAAACCCCACUUGGAAAAAUGGUUCAUGGUCACCUUUGCUUCUUCUACCCUGUGGAUUGCAGCUUUUUCUUACAUGAUGGUGUGGAUGGUGACAAUCAUUGGGUAUACUCUGGGAAUUCCAGACGUAAUCAUGGGCAUCACUUUCUUGGCAGCAGGAACCAGCGUGCCAGACUGCAUGGCCAGUCUUAUUGUGGCCAGGCAAGGUAUGGGGGAUAUGGCCGUGUCCAACUCCAUCGGAAGCAAUGUUUUUGAUAUUUUAAUUGGCCUAGGCCUUCCAUGGGCUUUGCAGAACCUAGCAGUGAAUUAUGGAUCAUACAUUCGGUUAAACAGCAGAGGACUUAUAUAUUCUGUUGGUCUCUUGCUGGCAUCAGUUUUUGUCACAGUUUUUGGUGUCCACAUGAACAAAUGGAAACUGGAUAAGAAGCUAGGGUGUGUGUGCCUUUUCCUUUACGGCAUCUUCCUGUGUUUCUCCAUCAUGACAGAAUUCAAUGUUUUCACUUUUGUGAACUUGCCAAUGUGCAGAGAUCACUAACACAGGUGGCAGACUGUCGGGAGGAGCUUCCUUCUUACCGGUGCAAUACAAGCCACGGCUGGCAUUUCCUGGAUGCAGUGCACCUCCAAGUCGUGACCUAUAUCCUGUUCACUGUUCAUAGGACCCAUGGCCCCAUCUAGGUUUGCCCUCUCUCUGGCCCCCACAACCUGGAACAAUCCUUCAUCGAUGUGAAGAGCUUUUUUCAACAUCCAUGUGAUUUCCUUGCUCAGUUUUUGAACAGUGUGACUGAGAAUCAAGAUGAACUGGCUGUUAACUGGUGUUAAGCCAGUCAAACUGAUCUGCUGCAAUUCCUUCUUUUUUAAGUUAUUUGAUGGAAGACGAAUUAAUUUAUGACUUAAGACUAUUGCUACAAUGCAGGAGAGAGUAUGCCAUAUGGAGGUUGACUUUCAAGGAGAAUCAUGGGAAUUUUUUUUGGUUGUGGGGAGUGUUUUUUGUUUGUUUUUAGCUUUUAGUUUUGGGUUGGCAGGUUUUUUUGUUUGUUUGGGAGUGAGGGUGUUGCUUUUGUUCUUUUUUUUUUACUUGUCAGAGAUCAACAUCUUCUCUUGCAUCUUCUCCCUCUGGAUCUCCUGUAACAAUCCAAAGGCCACAGGGCAGUGUAAAAUGGAAAUGCAAUUCAAGGUACUUAGCAUAAGAAUGGAUAAAAGAAGAUUAUCAAGGAAAAAACUGUUGACUUUUUACUAUAAAUAGUUAACCUUGUACAUGUCUGUUAAAGAAUGCAAGCUAAAUGUGGGUUCAAAGGGUAAACACUGCUACCAUUUUACUAUGAAUGUUGGAGUUUUAUUACAAGAGUGUUUGUUAUUUCCAAGCAAUAGUUUGAUUGCCAGCCCAGAAGGGCUACCGAGGAUUUGUCCUGGUUUUUAAUGGUGUGCACAUGGAAAUGGAAGGCCAGAACUUUCUCUGCUUCAUCAGAUUUCUUGUUUUGGGGGGAUUCAAUAGUUUAUGUCUUAUUCAGGAGGACAUAAGUACAUGUGAAAACUUUUCUAAGUGAGUUACAGACACUGGUUUCUUUAAGAGGAAAGAGGCGUAUUUUGCACAGACAUGGUUACUGAAGUCAUAAUUUGCCAUUCUUUCACGUAUACACUGGACCUGGCCUGAUAUUUUUCAUCUUAAGCAGUUGAACUUAUCUGAUAACAGAUCAUGUGGAUUCAUCACCUCUCCUUUUGGGAGGAAGGAAGACAUAGACAGAAAUGGCACAUUUUAAAAUGUGGAAUAUCUUCAAUGCAGACUCUCACAGAUCUUAAGUUAUUGUGAAAGUUUAGCUCUUCAUUGUUCCAAUAUCCCUGCUAGAUUUUGUAUAAUUCUGUAUUAAUAAGCAGGCAGAUUCCACCCCCGAGAAACACCAUCACUGCUUCAUUUGUAUGUAUUGAUACUGUACAUUCUUGCCACUGCGGCUCUUGUAUUUACUUUAAGCACUGAUCACUUCUGAUCCUCUUGUAUAUGUUCUGCUAUGAAAUGUAUUAAGAGACUAUGAGCUAGGUGAAUGUUUUUGUGUAUGGUACAAACAGUGGCAGAUAAUAGUAAAGGUACAGCAAACUCUACAUAACAGAAAGAAAGGAAAAAACCCAAAACACCAAGCCCUAAACUAUAGCAGGAAAAGAAAGCACUCCAGUUUAAAAGAAAAAAGAAGAGAGCUACAUUUUGUUCACGGAUGAAAAUCCAAUUAUUUUUUCAUUUGCACUUUUGGAAUUGAUCUUUUCAAUCUGAUUUUCUUUGGGCAAAAUGUUGUAAAUGAAAAUAUAUUUACACCCUGUGGUUUCCCUUCAGCUCAGCAGCUGGUUUUCUUUGUUUGUUACACCAAACACAAGGAGUUGCUGGUAGCUCUUGCACUGUGUGUGGCAGCAAAGUCCUGUGGAAAAAGCCUCGUCCCACUGGCCUUGCUCGGGGAACAAAGUGUGUCAGUGGAUCCCUGGCAAGAAGAAGAAAGGGUCCAGAGACAGACAGAGAGUGGAUGACAUGCCAGCAUCGCCAGUUUUCAUCCUGGAAAGCAAUUGUGUUGCUGCUCACUACAGCUGAGGUUUGAGCAGCCUUCUCAUACCUGUGCCCGCGAGACAUCCUCUUGCAUUUGGAAGCCCACUGUACCUUCCUGUUGCUGGGUUUUUGUUUCUUUUAUUGUUGUUAUUAAUGAGAUUAAUAAUAAUAAUAAUAGCAAUCUCUAAUAUCCUAAAAUACUUAUAUAAGUCAAAUGAUGUUUGCAACAAUGUGGCACAUGUCACUAAAGCCACCCCACAAACACGCAGCUUCACUUCAUAGCGAGAUGCAGUUGCUCCUAAGCAGAGUGUGUCCUUGCUGAUAAGGGGAAGGAAAAAAAGAAGAUUCAUAUCAGGGCCUAUUAUUCCUUCUAUUUUGAAUAUUUUUACUGCUGCUCCAAUGGAGCCAGUUGGAUCUAUUUCUGCGAAAUAACCAUUAACUAUCCCACAGCACAAGAACUACACAUGUAUUUCUUAGGAACUUUUCCUACUGGUGUGCAUUAAAUACUGUAGUAGUCAUAGUUUUGUGUUGUGUGUAAAACCUGAAAUACCUUGCUUUGAUACUUGUAUGUGUUGCCAGAAUGUUCUGCAAGCAGCUUGUUCUGAGCAGAAGCAAAAAGUACCUUGAACUGCUGUUACCUGUGCUGUAUAUGGCUUGAUAAGCACGUCCUAAAGCAAUGCUUUCUGCCAGAUGUGCUGAUGAUAUGCAGUGGAAUUGUCAGGUCCAGACCUGGUUUGAAACAGAGCAGACCGACUGAGUGCGCCAGGAGAGAGCUUGCCUCUCAUUCUUGUUAGCACAGUCAUGGCCUGUGUAGAAGGCCCCAAAGCAAAAAACCAGCAAUUUUUGGCAUCCUUCCUAUAUGCUGUCUCCAAAAGUGGCAUGGACAGUUCUAUUCUGUUGCAGGGCAUACUCAGGGCUUUACUGGGCCUUACAGAGGACUGAGUCUCCCAGGAGUUCUCUCCUCCCAGGGAGGUCAGACUCUGGAGGGUAGCCAGUGCCUGGCUCUGCUUUGCCUGUGGCUCUGCUUUGCCUGCGGCUGCAUGAGCUGCAAGCUGUCACCGGAUGCAGGGCCUCAGGAGCCAGCCAGGCUGGUGCCACCACUGGGGUUGCAGUGGCUGCUUGGGGGUGGAAAGAGGGAGCUGACGGGCUCUGAGGCUCAGGCUUGAGGGGCUGCAGGGAGCCACUAGAGAAGCUGGGUUGUGUUGGGCAUUUUUAGUAUGACUGUGAUUAAUUUGCAGUUUUCAUCUUCUGAAAGCAAGGGUCACCUUCGCAUCCGAGGCUGCUCUGGCUCUUGGACCAGUCAACUGUUUUUGUUUCCAUUCCUAGCAAUUUCAGAUGAUCUUCAAUUAGUAUUUCAAAGGGAGAUUAUAGAGCCUUUUUCUCCAUGGAGAGGCUUCACUGCAAUUCUUACUUUGACUUAAAUAUGUGACCCUUGGCUGGCUUCAUAUUUGCUUGACAUGGAUGGCCUUCCUCUGACAGUGGUUCAAGGGCAGAAUGACAGGAGAGGGUAUGAUAAGAGAUGGUCUCAAGACAUGCCGGGAAAACUGCUUUUGUCCCACUAAAGGUGAACUUUUUACUUGCCUUCUUUUUUCCCCUUUUUAAAAAUUUUUGGUUUUCAGUGCUGUCUUUUUAAUAGACUUUUUCUGUGAUAGGAACAUCAAUAUGAAAUGUGUGCAUGGGAUAUUUUUCACUUGCAUAAUUUGUUGUUUUUUCUGUGAUGCCACUUGCAUGCUUAGUUUCCAGAUCUCUGUCCUCAGCUGUGUCACUGAAAUAAAUUGAUUAGCUUUGGAUUUGUGAUGGUGGUACUCGUGGAGAAUGAGGUGCAGGACUGGGUUUUUUCUUGAUAAAACAAAUCAGGUAGAGCAGCAGUCAUAUUUUGAAAAAACGACAUUCAAGGUAGGUGGAGUGACCUGAAGGUAACAUUUAAUACCCUGCUGUCAGAACAGGUAUUUUUAUGUCUUUUCCAAUUGGUACUUGUAAGAUAAAAUGUACAUUCAGUGUUAUUGAAUAACUUUUUAGAAAAUCAUAGCUUUCUGCUGACAAAUGUUUCUUAUAUUAAGAUUUUUUGGAAACCUAAUAAUUUCAAUUAAAGUUCACAGAGAUGAAAUAGUGCGAGGUUUGUCUCUUUCAAAGUUACACCACUGGAGCUUUAAACUUUUUUAAAAAUAUGUUUUGAAAAUCAAUUUCAGUGGACCAUGCUUACCUGAAUUUAAUUCUGCCUUGUACUUUCAAAGUUUCACUUGAUCAGCAGCCACUGCAAGUUAGUCUAAAAGAAACUUAAAUUCUUAUAAGAAUGUCCCUUUUAGAUUGGUACAACUUUAACUGAAUCAGUUUAAAGCCAUGGUUUUAAGGAAAGCAGUGGAAAUUUGAAUAUUUGAAAGACCUCAGCCACUUCAAAUUUAAGGAGCUGCAGAGUCUGAAUGUGCUGAAUGGAUCUACCAAGAAGAAUGCAAGGCUUAGUUUCAGGAAGGAAGUUUUCAGUAUUCAGGGACUUGAGUGAAAUCUGACUUUGGUGAAAUCAGGGGCAGAACCCCUGUUACUGUUGUAGGGUCAGUGAUGGGUUUAUAGCAGUGAGUCCUGGAAAGGAUGGGGGCACAGUGUUUUUUUGGGUGAGUGGCCUUCUUACCUGAAUAGAUAAAUGACAAUUAAUAAGACCAAGCACCUUUAAGGGGAUUUACAUGAAUACUCUCUUACCACUUAGUGGUCUCAAAUCUGAAGCAGUUCCAAAAAGCAUCUACUUCUGCCCUGCUUCCAAAAAGCAUCUACUUCGGCAUCUACUACUGCUUACACUUGUCUCUCUGAAUCUGCAGAAUCAAACUCUGGGGAGGAUUUGAUCCCUGCCUUUUGGAGAAGUUCGCUUUAUUCUGGGAAAGCAAUAGGGUAAGAAAUGGCAGUCUGUUUCGUUGUGCCCUGGGGAUGUAAAUUGGCUAUGAAAUAAAUUAUUUUCUGUCCUGGAACAGUCUGACAUCUAGGCCAAGUUAUCCAAGUUUGAGUAGAAGCACCUAAUUUCAGGAAGGCUUCCAAAAAAAGCAGAUUGUUUUAAGCAACAUAUUUUUAAACAUACUUACGUAGCAAAAAUUACUUUAUUUUGGUAGUUUUUAGAUAGAUUUCUGUUUUUCUAACAGAUUUUCAAAACAAGUUGGAAAGCACCCACACCAGAACAACCUGACAGAAAUCAUGUCAUCAUGUCAGUGUAGUCUUUAUCUGCCAGGUAGGGUUUGAAUGGUGCUAAAAGUCAACGAGAUAAUUUUACAGCACCAAUUCAACGUAACGUUUUUGUUGCCAGCUGGGGAAAAACACACCACUGUAUGCCUGACCCUGUGAGGAUGUUUGUAGUUGGUUACAGAUCCGCUCCACUGCUGAGCAUUUGUCGCUGAGGUUUUCCAUUGGCAUGCCUGACAAGCAAAAUGAGACCUUGGGCUCCCAGAGGAGUAAUGCCUGCUGCUGAACAUUUUUUCCUGUCAGGAGAGGAGAGGGUUGCAGGGGCACAGGCCCCUUGGCUACUAGUUACUGCUGCCAGCCUGAGAUUACACUUGCUCCUUUUUCAGAGCAGGAACAUGUGCUCUCCUGAGGACCAAGUCUUUCCUUAGCUCUGGUCAGGGUUGCUUUUGGCUGAUAAAUGCUGGAGCAGGGGAGGGAACAAGGACUCCAUUCAGUUUAUGUGUGUAGGGGAGGAUGUUGAGUGGCAGAUGCUGUGUCACAGGAGGACUUUGGAUGGAGCCUGUAUAAAUAUUGGGACGUUCCAUGAAAUCUCUCCCAUGGGCAGACAUCCCUGUACACCCAGCAGCCACCCACUUUGCUUCCUUAUUUUACCUUGCUCCUUGUGUUGCCAGGAUUCAGAAUUUUGCUUCCACUUUCUCAUAAGCUAUAUCCCUCUGGCUUUGAUGGCUGGACCACGUGCUGCUUUCUGUAACACAGAAUUAAUGCACUGGGCUAGCACAAAUAGUGUGCAGGUUUUGAUCCAGUAAGCUGAUCAGAGAAAAUGCAAAGAGAUCCUUGCUUGGCACACCAGCCUCUGAGCACCUGACUCCAAACAGCACAAACUGCCUGCUUGGAAAGUGCCCCAGCCACUGAAAUAAUCAAGCACCGCACAGGACAUGGGAACACUUCUCGUGUGUUUUCAGAGACUCCCUCAAGGGAAUUAUGCACUCUUUUUUUGCCCUCAUGUGCAAAGACAUUCAUUAUACAAAAAAUAUAAUUGAUCUAAUUAAGGGAUUCUAGAUCUGACCUGGGCCUUUUACACUUUGUGAAGCCAGAUUAUAGUAUGGGAGUUUUACUGAGGGACUUGGUCACAAGUUCUAUAAUUAAUUGUCAGGUUUUUAGUGUUUUUUUUUAAAUGUAUGAACAUAGGUUUGUAUUCAAGCAAAAUGCCAUAUUUAUACAUAUAUAUACACUUUACCUAGUAAAGUAGAUGUGCUAACUGUUGUUAAAUUGAAGUUCUGUGGUAAUUAGCUGUUUCUGCAUAGGAAUAAAUUCUUUACGUGGCAAGUGCUAAAGAUGCUAUAGGUGUAUAAGUAUUUAAGACAAUCUUACACAUACCUAUUUAUAAACUCAAGCAAAGUUUUUAUUUGUUUUAGCAAGGUAUUGUGAGUGGUGCAUGGCAGUUGCCAUGCAUGUGUGUAAUACAUCGGUAUACAUUGAGUAAUAUUUCUAAUUAUUGUUAGUCACUUGAAAUUCCAGAUCUGUUGCUGACUAUAAAGUCAGCUUUGGGAAAAAAAAAAAAAAGAAGAGCAUGUCUGGUACUUUGAGGAGGUCAGAAAGUUCUGCACUGCAGUAUUCGUGCAUUUUAUUUAUUUAUUUAUCAAACACAGAGUGCUGAGCCCCUGGUUCAAGAGAACAUUUCCCCAUGCUGGCAGAAGAUUUAGGAACCUAAUUUUGGUCCUCUCCUAAAGCUAAUGCCAGGUUUCUGUGGAUCAGGAGCCAAGCAGACUAAGCUAUUUAAAGCAUUUUUCUAUCAUUUUAAGUGGCCACAAAAAGGGGUGGGACCUUCUCAAAUGAUUCUUGUAACUUAGUAGAGAAGCUGAGAAAUGCUAAGAGAUCCAAAGAUGCUUCUGCAAGUGAUCUAUAAGAGUAGAAAUAUGUAAAUAGAAAAUAGUCCUUGCACUUUUAAUACUUGUAAUAUCAUUGUUACAAGGUACUAUUUGCAAUAACAAAAAUUCACAUUUCAUAAGCUAUCCACAAGUAGAAUUUUUUUGUUAUUUUAUUCCCCCUUUCUCAUUAAGGAAUUAAUCUUCCUUUGACUUGAUUCCCCCAGUUAUUUUCAAAAGUAAGUUAUUGACUCUGGUUAAAUGUGACAAUCCCCCUAAACCAGGAAACUGACCUUUAUUGUCCCAGCUUUAUGACAGGGUUGUUCCCAUUUACAACAGGCAAGGACCUCCCAUCUUGAAAUCCUGCAGUAAAAACGGUCCCACUGCUCACAAACACAACUCUCCCCUAUUUCCACCACACUGGUUUGAGUUCAGUGUAGAAGAAUCUAUCAGAUUGUCACUAUCAGUGGAGUUACAGUAGGACUUUCUGGGGGAAAAUACAACAGCAACAAUAGAGUCCCUUUACAGACAAUGUAUUGGAGGGCGCUUUUUUUUGUCGUCUUUUAAAGACGUAGGGCAAUUUUAGAUCAGGAAAGGAAAAAAAAUGGAAGAUAAAGCCUGAUUGUACGAAGUACAGCCUCAGUCUUUCAUGAAGGUUUAUAAUAAUGUUCAAGUUUUGCAUAGAGUGAGCUCCCAUACUCUGUCAAGCAUAGAGCUCAGCUGAGUUUUUCAUCCUUGGUAUUAAGAAACAAUGUUUUCUCUCAUGUUUCUCACUGCACUCAGGACCUCUGAGCAUAAUAUGCAUUUCUGUAUCAUGGAACUGCUUAUAGGUGAAAUGAGCAAGCACAGAGAUUGAACCACAAUAGGUUUUUGAAAGAAGCCAAAGCAAGCAUGUUUGUGUAGUAAUUUCAUUCUGAAGUAAUUUUUUUUUAACGAGUGCCGGAAGCAGAUGACACAAAGUAUGAAUCUGUAAUCGUGCAGCACCAGUGGAGAGCAAGUGCAAGUGAAAAUAGUAUGGCAUCACAAAAAGCUGUCUGUAAUUCAGAUACUGCCAAGUUUCACAGGGGUGGCAUUUACAUGAAGAUUUUCCUGGAUGCUACUUGAUCUUUGCAACCCUUGUUCUUUGGUCAGGAGAGCUGAAUAGUACUUUGUCACUUCCUGAGAGAGAAGGGAAACAGAUGCCUAACCCAAUGUCUCUGACUCUUACCCUGGCUGUACAGGUGAGUGCCACUCUGUGUACCUGAGAGUUCUCUGGUGUGCAGUGAACUUUGCAGUGCAUUGAAGAUUUAGGGAUAAAUUUUAGUUAGCAUUCCCUUGAGGAGCAGUGUGAUUGACUUCACUGUUCCCCCUUGUAAAGCUGAGAAUCCUUACUAUGCAGGCAGUAUUGUGUGAGAUUGCUAAUGGAAUGUUACCUUCAUCCUUGCAUCAAAUCUUUGCUUUCAAGACUGAAACAAUACUUGGAAGAUGUUUGUAACAGUCUGGGGAAUUUGUUUGGGGUUUUUUUUGUUUUGUUUUUGUUUGUUUGUUUUGUUUGUUUUUGUUUUUUUCUGUCUAUCAAAGUAAUGUGCAAUAUGAACCCUCCUGGCAAGGUCUGGCAAUGGUUUGGAUGUUCCUCUUGCUGGUGCAUUCAUCAGAGCUUCAGCCAGUGGGAUGUAUGAGAGGGUAGGAGUGCCGCUUCUCCUGGGCACAGACACAGGCGUGUGACAAGCAGUGGAAGGGGCACUUCUGCCAAGCACUCCAGCACAGGCCUGGCAACGGGAGUUGAGACUCAGGUAAAUCAGGAUUCCAGAGAACAAAAAGGUGAGCAGAUAGACUUGUUAAUCUUCUAGUAUGCUGUGUAAGUUUUAGUUCCUUCCAAUGUUUUUUUCCAAGCCAAACCCAAACUGAUGUGUGUACAUGGGUGCCAAGCCAAAGGUAGCCAAGCUCAGCACCCACAGUCAGCCUGGCAUCACUAGGGCAUGUGGGGAUAGCCCUAGUGCCAGCACUCUUUUUGGGGGGGAGGUGUUUAAAUCAUUUCAGGGCCCAGCAGUCAGCUGUUCAAGAUCUGAUCAUUUCACAGAGCUAUAAUAGAGAAUUUGGGUUUGUACCGUUGCUGAAGUCUUAGGCUGCUGAACAUGAUCCCUGCUGUGGCUUGUUCCAAAACAGAAGGCUGAGACUGUACCAGUCUCUGAAUCUUGGGCAUGCUGAGGUUUCUGCUUUGUGAUACAGUCAUAGCAUUCAAGCUGCAGGAAACACAGCAGUAAAAGUGACUGACAGGAGCACUUUCUAUUUGAUUGAGGAUCAAAUGACACUGUCUGGGUCCCUUAUUGCUGGGCAAUUCUGUGAUGCUUCUAAUCAUUAGGAAGAAAAUGUAGGUGGAACUGAGUGCAAAUGUACAUAUAAUGUAUGUUCAUUUACAACCAGCCAGAAAGCAAAACAAGCAGUGGUUUCUAGUAAUAUAAUUCUACUCAAAAUAGCUUUCAAUUAAGUCAGCUUGAAAGUGUUAAAAUGGUGAAGCCACAGACAAGACAUUUGUUACCUUUUGAAAUUAGUUGCAAUGGUUUUGUCAUACUUGUACAAGUGUUACAAGGUCAGCCUUUCUGUAUGUUUUACAACUUAUUGUAGAAUAGUCUUCUAUGCAUAGCUGUUCCACUUGCCUGUGUAAGUUACAAAUCUAACAAAAAUGAAAGCAUGCAUUUUUCUCUGUUUGCUGGUAACCUAUAAAAUUAGAAAUUUGUAUUUCUGUGAUUUUAAUGUGUUAUACUAUAAACAAAAUUCACAGCACUAUUGUCUAUGAAAUAUCAAAAAGUUUUAUCCAAAUGAAUUACUUUAAAUGUUUUGUCAAUUGAUUUAAUUGUGUCAGGCAUCUACAUUAAGACAAUAUAACAUUUAUCAAUAAAAA